AUGUCAGAUUCAGUCGAAUCCGAAUGGUCAAAAACUUUCGUAUCGGCCGGCCGUUCGAAACCCUUUCUCCCAUGCAAGUCUGAAUGUCUUUCUGGAGAUACCUCAGCUUCAACCUUGCUUAACGAUGACCCGCAGGCCGACCCACUGAAUCGCACACAUAUUGGCGGUCACCAAAGUAUGGCGAUCGAACAACUGAUGAAACUAAAGCAAGAACUUCGAGGCCUGGAUUUGGAGUCCUUCUGGAGCCGACUGAUGGAACAUAUCACUUCAUUCUGCAACGCUCAGUAUGGUUUCGUAGCUCGGAGAGUUCGAGACGAUGAGAACGUCGGUGAUCUGGGGGAACAUAAACCCCGCCUGUUUGGUACAGCCUUCUAUUACAAUGAUGGACAUCAAAACGUGGGAAUGCAUAGGCACCGGUACUUUGCUGGAGGCAACCCUUUGUCUCACAUGGACCAUGGGAAGCCUUGCCUAAUUCCAGAGAAAUUAGGAUCUGUCAUGUCAUUUGACCAAGACCAGCUCCCGUUCGCGGCAGAGGGCUACCUGGCAAUCCCACUCUUCUCGGAAACCCAGUGCCUCGCCCACUUUGGCUUGAUGUGGUCAGAGUCAGGGUUGCAGAAGCGCAAACUCUCGUGGUCUUUGCUGGAAAUGGUUCUGUAUUCGCUGGAAGAUCUGAUCGUCCAACGGAUCCGAGAGGAUGCGGCCAAGACCGACCGGCCCUCCAAAGAUAUCAAGAAUCCAUCCAAGGGUCACAAAAUCAUCGAUGAUGGGUAUUUGAACGCUUUAUACGGACAUCCUGAUUUUUCAUCUCAACCCCUGAAGCCCUUUGCUCGGAGCUUGUCUCAUGAGUUGCGGACGCCGAUGCAGGGGAUCGUCGGAAUGCUGGACGUUAUGCACGCUACUGUACGGGAAGCUAUUCAAGGCAAACCGUCUCCAAGGGCAGGUAAUGUUUUCCAAUCUCUCAAAGAAAGCAUCGAAAUGGUUCAAGAGCGAGACAACGAUCUAUUUGGCGGCCCUGUUCAGUCACCAAUCCCAACGUGCGAAAAUCGGCCAAACAUUUUUGCUGAUGGCACCAACGUUGGAAUCAAUCCAUACAAACGGCGGCGAAGCAACCCGCCGGAAUUUACCGUGGGAUCGACGCCGAAGCAAAAGAUGCCGCGUGUUACAGCAACGAAAGAACUAUCCCCUCGAAGCGAAGAGGUCAAGAACGCGGUGCUUGAAAGUGACAAAAUUAUUCAGGCCACCCCAGCACAUCAGAUUGAAGCAGUCAUGGCCAACAUGGUGGACCCCCGUCCAUCAUUAGCAGUACGACGUUCUGCGCCACAUCUUCUGCUGGAAGGCAUCAAUAUCAACCUCAAGAGCCCUGCACUGCGAGUUACAAAACUCCGUGAUUUGCUCCGUCUGGUUAUCAACGAAUCGCUUCAUGUUGGUGGUCGGCCUGAUUUUGCGGUGACAAAUGGAACCGAAUUAGGGGAGAAAAUCGAGCUUCGCUCGCGGUCGUCUAAUGGGGAGGUGUUUUCUAAAACGAUAGACUGGUCGGUAGACACUGCGCUUCCUGAUACCCUAUUUGUGGAUGAUCGCGACCUCGCGAAGUUGAUAUCAUGUGUCUUUCUGAAUGCGGUCAAGUUCACAAAUAGCGGUGUGAUUACUGUCUCUGCUACUCUAGGGCGCAAAGUCGGUGAUGUUUUGAUCAACGUUCGGGACACUGGAUCAGGUAUUCCAGAGGCUUUUCUGCCAAAUCUUUUCAAACCGUUCGCUCGGGAGGAUACAUCUACGACUCGAAGCAAAGAUGGGUUGGGAUUGGGACUUCUCGUAGCAAAAGGCUUGGCCAGGAAAAUGGGCGGCGAUUUGAUCUGUGUUCGAUCUGCUACUUCGGGUCCUGAUCGUGGUACAGAGUUCGAGAUUAGAAUUCCUAUCACUCAACCUGAACCAUGUACCAGGCCAAUUGCCCCCGCAACGAAGCUUCUAACCCCUCCUCAGCUCAGUGAUCCUUCAAGACUGAGUCAACCGAGCAGCACAACUCUAGAUGCAUUAUUACCACCUGCAAUGCGGACCCCAAUCCAACAACCGUCUCCCAGUCUCACGGAUGAGACAUCUUCGCAAACACCUACACAUUCCCGCUCUGUACCCGAUAUCAAGUCCUUUGGGGGCUCCAUAAAUGGAGAUGCUUAUGAUAGCAAACUUGGGGAAAAGCAUCCGCUGACAUUCCUGGUAGCAGAGGACAAUAAGAUCAACCGACGGGUGUUGGUAAACAUGCUCAAAAGACUAGGUUACCGGGAUGUUUAUGAGGCAUGUAAUGGGAGAGAGGCUGUGCGGAUUAUGCAGGAUGUUCUGGCGUCUCAGCGCCCUGAGGAAGCCACGAAUGGCUCUCACGCAGUUCCAAAUCAGAAUGGCGGCUCGGACGAUCGGUCAAUUCUCAAGCCACCACCAAAGUAUCGUAAGAAGCUCAAGCCGGUGGAUGUCAUUCUGAUGGAUCUUUGGAUGCCAGAAAUGGAUGGUUACGAGGCUACCUCGAGGAUCCUGCAAUUAAUGGACCAAUACCACGGCCAAAUUCCUCCUAAUCCUGGGCCAAAGCAUGUUCGGACCACACCCCCAACGGUUCUCGCUGUCAGUGCAGAUGUCACUGACGAUGCCCUGGGACGUGCGUCGAAAGUUGGCAUGAAAGGUUAUAUGACCAAACCCUAUAAGCUGACCGACUUGGAACGGUUCAUCAUGAGUUUCUGCUGUGGUGAUGAUACAGCAAAAGAAAACAAUUCAAUGAAGACAUGA